GACUGUAGUGAUAAACAGCAUUUGAUUAUUUAUGUUCUGUCUUUCAAAGUUACUCUUUCAUAAGUAGUUCUUAAUUAAAUAAUUGCAGCUAAGGGGGGGCUAAUUAAAUUGCUGCAUGAUUUAUGAAAAGUAGUGGAUGCUUGUUGUCAUUGAAAUUAGCUAGCAGAGAUUUUAAAAUAUAUUUUUUAUCUGCUGCAUAUUUUUUUAUAUAUAUUAAUUUGGCUCAUGCCAGAUGUGCCUUAUAUUAAAUGCUGAAAUAGCUUUUACCAUCAAUUAUUAUUCUGAUUGAUUCAAGAUUGUAUUCUUUGUAAAAUGUCUGUGUCUUCCUGCUGCAAUGAAACAAAAAUGCUGCCAUACUUUGAACUUGACCUGAAAUUCCCAGAGGCAGACAUAUAUUGCUCUGAAUCCACUACCCCAGUGAGAAACUUGAAAGCUGAACUGGAUGCCAACACAAGAAAGAAGUUUGCAUUUGCAAAAAAGAAGGCCUUUGCUCUUUUUGUGAAAGAACUUCAGACGACUGGUCAUUUGACUCAAACUAUGCAUUCUGAUGUUCAAUGGAAAUGUUGUGGGCUGGAAUUCAUAAACCUGGCAACUAUUCACAAGCACGUUGCUGCACACCAUUCAAAUGACGUUUUGCAACUAACCAGAAGCAUUUUAGAAGAAUUGGCUUUAGCCGCUGCAACCACUGUGCCAUUUACUGAACUCUCAGAAAACUCUGGUGCUUUAAUGGACUCAUCUUGGAACAGAUGUCCUGUUUUUGAUUGGUUACCAGACACAAGCAAUGUUGCCCAUGAUGAUCUAAAAAGUGAGCCUGGGGAAGUACUUUUAUACUACUGCUACUGUGAUGUUAAGGAUCCACAUUUGAUCUGUAACUGGCAAAGGGCUAUGUGUCAGCUGCUUCAUCUAACAGGAAAAAUCCGAAUUGCUACAGAAGGAAUCAAUGGAACAGUUGGCGGAAGCAAAGUAUCUACUAAGCUGUAUAUUCGUGCCAUGCUAUCACAUCCACUUUUCAGGGGUAUUAUGUGUUCAGAAGAUUUUAAGAAAAGUGAUGGUGGAGCGCAUUGCUUUCCAGACCUUCGAGUUGGUGUCUUCCAAGAAAUUGUGCCAAUGGGAAUUGAGCCACAUGAAGUCUCGUACAAAGUAACUGCUAUUCAUCUAUCCCCAGUGGAAUUUCAUGAAAAAGUUACAAAAUAUUUAUCUGAAGUUAGUAAACCAGACCUGGAUACAAUUUUACUGGACUGUCGCAAUUUUUAUGAAAGCAAAAUAGGGAAAUUCCAAAAUUGUUUGGCUCCAGAUAUCAGGAAAUUUAGCUACUUCCCAAGCUACGUUGAUCAAAACCUCGAGCUCUUUAAGGAUAAGACAGUGUUAAUGUAUUGCACUGGAGGAAUACGUUGUGAAAGGGGCUCUGCUUAUCUCAGGUCAAAGUCUGUCUGCAAAGAAGUUUACCAGCUUAAGGGUGGCAUACAUAAAUACCUCGAGCAGUUUCCAGAUGGAUAUUUCCGAGGGAAGCUCUUUGUAUUUGAUGGACGUUAUACAAUUUCUUCUAACAGUGACAUCAUAUCUAGUUGCAGUUACUGUGGUACAGCCUGGGAUGAAUAUAUGCUCUGCUCCACUCCACGCUGCUGCCAGCUUGUACUGACAUGCCCCGAAUGUCAGGGUAAAGGCCUCACAGCUUGUUGCCCCACAUGUCAGCAGAAAGGGGUUAACAUGUGUCAUGAAUCAAGUCAGCAACAUUUCAAAGAAGAAUGUGAAUGCACAGACAAGAGACCGAAGAUACCAACUGAAGACAACUAAAUCUUCCAACUUCUAAAAAUAGGUUUAAGCCAAACAUAAAAUGUUUUUUAAUGCUUAAGAUAUGUGGGGGUUUUUUUUUACUAAUUUUAAACUCA